GCUGAAUUUUUCCUUCCUUGGCUGGCUCAACAUGAUGAUGCUUGUUCGGCUGACCCAACGCACGCUGCGCAAGCAACCAGCGUCCUUGAUGGCAUUCGCCGUGGAACCUCGUGCAGCCGAAACCUCAUCGGCCUCCAUGGGUGUCCUCGUCGGCGCAUCGGCGUUGAUGUUGGCGUCGUCGUUCUCGACCACCACGGCGUCUAACGACCACGCGUUGAACCCGAACGAGUGGCGGUCGUUCCGUGUGUACAGCAACGAACAGCUGAACCACAACACGCACAAGCUGCGCCUGGAGUUCCCGGAGGAGAACCAGACCAGCGGCUUGACCGUCGCGUCGUUCCUCCUCACGAAGGCGCACUUGAACGGCAAGGCGGUGAUCCGCGCGUACACGCCGACGUCUGCGAAUUCGCAAAAGGGCCACUUGGAGCUGAUCGUCAAGGGUUACACCACGGGUACGAUGAGCAAGCAUCUCGUGGGUUUGAAGGCCGGCGACCACAUCGACGUCAAGGGCCCGAACAUCAAGUUCACGUACAAACCCAACUCGCGCAAGCACAUUGCGAUGGUCGCGGGCGGCAGCGGCAUCACGCCGAUGCUGCAAGUGGCAUUGGAAAUCCUGCGUAACCCCGAGGACAACACGGACGUGACGCUCAUCUUCGCCAACGACACUGAAGAGGACAUCCUGCUCCGUGACGAGCUGGCGUCGUACGAGCAAAUCUACCCCGGGUUCAAGGUCAUCAACGUCCUGAGCAAGCCGUCCGAGUCAUGGACCGGCUACUCUGGCUACAUCACCAAGGAUAUCUUGGAGAAGCACCUCCCUGGUGCGUCCGCCGACAACCUCGUGCUCGUGUGCGGCCCGCCGGGGUUCAUGCUUGCCGUCUCGGGCGGCAAGGCCAAGGAUUUUACCCAAGGCCAGGUCGAAGGCUACCUCAAGGACCUCCACUACUCGUCCGAAACUGUCUUUAAGUUUUAACUUCCGCAAUAAGUACAAGUGCCUUUGGGGUGUUAAAUCUCAAGUGUCUCGUGCAGCACCUUGAGCUUCUGUCACUUCGCGGAGCCGUCGUU